AUGAAAGAAAUGAUGGAGAUGAAAGGGAAGAUGGAAAUGAUGGGCAUGAUGAAACCUGAUAUGCCAAUGCCAAUGCCAAUGGGAAUGAUGGACAUGAUGAAACCUGAUAUGCCAAUGCCAAUGCCAAUGGGAAUGAUGGACAUGAUGAAACCUGAUAUGCCAAUGCCAAUGCCAAUGGGAAUGAUGAACAUGAUGAAACCUGAUAUGCCAAUGCCAAUGAAAAUGAUGAAAAUGAUGGAAAUGAUGAAACCAGAUAUGCCAAUGCCAAUGGGAAUGAUGGACAUGAUGAAACCAGAUAUGCCAAUGCCAAUGGGAAUGAUGGACAUGAUGAAACCAGAUAUGCCAAUGCCAAUGGGAAUGAUGGACAUGAUGAAACCAGAUAUGCCAAUGCCAAUGGGAAUAAUGGACAUGAUGAAACCAGACAUGCCAAUGCCAAUGAAAAUGAUGAAAAUGAUGGACAUGAUGAAACCUGAUAUGCCAAUGCCAAUGAAAAUGAUGAAAAUGAUGGACAUGAUGAAACCAGAUAUGCCAAUGCCAAUGAAAAUGAUGAAAAUGAUGGACAUGAUGAAACCAGAUAUGCCAAUGCCAAUGAAAAUGAAAAUGAUGGCAAUGAUGAAGCCUGAUAUGCCUAUGCCAAUGAAGAUGAUGAAAAUGAUGGAAAUGAUGAAACCCGAUAUGCCUAUGCCAAUGCCAAUGCCAAUGGGUAUGAUGGACAUGAUGAAACCUGAUAUGCCAAUGCCAAUGUCAAUGAAGAAAGGAGUAUAUUAA